AUGGAUGAUUAUAUGAAUAAUUAUAAUUAUUAUCAGCCGCCUCCGGGACCACCGGGUUCGGAAAUGUAUGGUCAACCACAACAACCACCAAUUGGUGCACUUGGUUUAGAAGAUGGAAUGGGUGGCAUGCCAAAACCGGUAUGUUUCUGGGAGUGUCAUCUUUUCUCACCCUGUAGGAACUCUGUAAGGGAUCACUUUUAGUUUUAGCCACCCGUUUAGGGGUCAUCAAAAAAAUUCCUUAUCAAUCGGUGUCAAAAAAUUCCAAAAAACCUACUCAUCAUUUUCUUCUGCUGACCAGAAUGACCAUUACGUCAGCAGAAAAAGCCAACUGUCUCUCCCCACACACACGAAAAAAAUAAAGUUUUUAGUUUUGUCUUGUUCUCUUGUCAAGUGCGAAAUUGCAGCGAAUUUUGAGAGAGAAGGGUCAGAAGCAGGUUUUUUUGAGAAUAUUGAAACCAAAACAACUGUUUUAUCGAACUUUUUGUUGAAUAGUAUAGUCAGAUUUUUCUUUGGAGAAACAGAUAACACAUAUUUUUUUGAAUUUUUAUCGGAAGAAAAGGUCAAAUGCUCAGAAUUAUAUCAAAGUGUUUUGAAAUCAAUUUAAUUGCAAUAAAUGUGAUUUCAUUCUCGAAAAAAUGAGUUAAGUUCUGAAAAAUUAUUCAAAACUUGAGACGAACAAAGUAAAAUAAAUUACUUUCAAAACAAUCUGGAAAAACUUCAUAAUUUUUUCCACUUUUGAAAGUUUUCCAUAGAAGUGCAAUAUUAUUUUUUCAAAUGUAUAAAACUAAUUUCAGUAAUAAAGUUUCUACGAAUUUUGAAAGUCAAUUUCAAUAACUGGGGUCCUUACUUUCAUAUGAAAAUUUGCAGAACGACCCUCCACCACCUCCACCAGUUGUAAUCUGCCCUACAGAAGUCGAUCACAUUAAUGUAACUCUUGAGAAAAAUCAACAAUGUGAAUGCAAAGAUUGUGGAAAAUUGUUCAAUUCAGUGUGGUAUUUGAAGCAACAUGCAGUGAAACAUUCAAAUGAUCGACCUUUCAAAUGCAAAUUUUGUUUCAAAACUUACAAGUUUCGCUCAAAUCUUUAUCAACACAAAUGUCCAGAACGUCAAAAAUCACUUCAACAGUAAGUUUUCUGAAAAAAAAGUUGUUUCAGUCUAACUUUUUUUAUUUUCAGACGUCGUCGUGGCGGCGGUGGUGGCAGUUUAAUUUCACCAAAUCCCAAGAAACUCGAAAUGAAUCAAAUGAUCAAAACCAAAGUCGAACCAAUUCCAAUUAUGCACAACACAGAAGAACCGCAAAUUCCAAUGUGUCCUCCGCCACAUUGUUAUUCGGAAACUGAGGACAACGACGCGCCAAUCACUUAUGGUUUGGUGAUUCAGAAUUUGGAUCAAAAUCAGCUGCAACAACAGCAGCAACAACAAAUGCAAAUGCAACAGCAACAACAUAUGCAACCAGUGCAAAAUAAUGUAUGUUGCUCAUACUAAAUUUCAAAUUGUUCGGGGAAAGUACUGUAAUUCAGUUCUGACCUUUUUUUUAGAAAUUGUUCUAGAUUUCAAAAUUUUUAUUUUUUGACACAUUUUCAGCAAAAUCAAAUGUUGCUCAUAUUAAUUUGAAACCCUUUCAGAACUUCCCAAUGACAAUGGAUCCACUAAUGAAUGAUGCUGAAAAUGCAUUCGACAAAGAUUUCGAUUGUGUUCGCGGCCAACAACUUCCAACACAACAAAUUGAGGCGUUUGUUCAGAAAAAUAAGCAAAAGGUAUGCAUUAGUCACAUAUUUUUCCCAUUCCAUUCCAAGAAACAUUUUUCCCAACUGGUACGAGUUCUAAUUUCUAGUAAACUAAGAAUGACGUGUGUUAGUAUGUGUGUCGGGAGCUGUGAAAGAACAAGGCGGUUAGUCAGCGUUCCGCGCCCCGAUGAUGUCAUUUUGUGACAGUUACGGUGUGACCCAGUUGUUGCUGGAAGCGGCAAUGAGUUUGUAUUUGUGAGAAAACUUGUAUCUUUGAUGUUCCGCAGGGGAUUGUAAAAUAAGAAAAAGACCGAUUCACAUACUGUACCUCCUUUUUAUUUUGAUAAGGAAGCAGAAAUUUUGUUAUCUUCAAAAAUUCGAAAAAAAACAAGAGUUUUAAUACAAACAACAACAAAUAAUAAAUAAAAAUUAAAUUGAUAAUGAACUAUACGAUUUCAGCUUUUCUCUUGUCGCAAAUGCCGUGUACUUCUGCCAACUGAGGAAUCCUAUUUGCGCCAUUCGGCUUCACAUUCUGGAGAUGAUCUUUUCCCAUACAAAUGUACAAAUUGUCGUCAGGCGUUUGAAAAUGAUAAAGAGUUGCAAAAACACGCGCAACAUCAUUCAUUGGAAGAGGGACCUUGGCGUUGUGAUGAAUGUUGUGGACAAUUCAGAAGCUCAGUGGCGUUGAAAAGACACAAGGAUCAGUGUAGACCUUGUUUCAUCCCGCCUGUGCAGAAUAAUAUUGUAAGUUUGGAUGGAGAACAUCAAAGAACUCUAUUUUUUUCUCGAAAAAUUAACAAAAAACUACAUGUUUUUUUCUAAAAAAUUAAAAUUCAUUUUUUUCAGAUGGUAUCAGUUCACUCACCCUUUGAUCCAUUCUCUUUCAUUCCCGCUGAAAACGAGCAUCUCUUCUUGCCAGUUUGCGAUGAGCUUGCCAGAGGUGGAACAGAUUCUGGUGUCGGAAGUGAAGGUUCACCCAACAGUAUGUCACAAGCAUCACCAGAUCGAAGUGGAAUGUCAAUGGAAGAUGCUUUCAAUAUCAUCAACGACAAGAAAAAAGAUAAAGAAGACGAUGAAGAUUCAGGCUUCCGUUCUCGUCUCAAUUCAGUUACACAAUCUUGUUCACCCGAUUCAUUCGCAUCACACAACGGCGAAUCGCCUCCAAGAAAACUUUCUGGAAAUGCGUCACAUGAUCCGUCUGUAUCAUUUUUAGGUGGUUAUGGAACCGGACCUGCUUAUGGACAGCAAUUGUUUUUUGAGCAGCCGGCAGGGACUGUUGGGGGCGAACACCGAUUUGAUAUGCUUGCUGAGGAGCCCAUCUUCCUCCAAAUGAGCAAGGCAUCUCUUAUCUCCCUACCAUCGACCGCUUUUUCUACUGUAGAUAUUCAACUCGCCCCAGUCAUCAUUCAAUCGAUCACUAGAUCGAUGAAAGAGAUGAGCAUUGAUUCAGAAGUCUCUUCGAGAUUCGAUUCCGAUUUUGAUGCUUGUUUUUCUGAUGACAAUAAUGUUUGGAAAAAUGAUGGUUAUGACAAACCAGCUUCCGAACUUGAAAUGUAGGUUGAAUGAAUGAUUAGUGGGAGUUAUAAUUUUAUGAUUUUUCAGCACAAAUGAACACCAAAAACUCUUUGCACUCAUACUAAUGCUCAUUGCUGUUUACGUGAACACAGUGAUUGAAAAAUGUAAGUUUUGAUUUUUUUUAAGUGUUUUAAGAAGUGUUUUUCACUAAAAAUUUCAAAAAAAGAAAAUGCAACUUGUCUGAAAAUAUUUCAUAAUUUUCCAAGGAAAAAAAGUGCAUCACUCAAAAUUUCCAAUUCUCCCAGCUUACCUUUCCAUUGCGAUCCCUCUUAAUCCAAUUUUUUCAGACAUCUCGGUAUUCUCGAUCUUGUCACAAUUGUAA